UCUGCCGUGACUGCUACAGGGUCCGCCCCUGCACUCCUCCCCCUCGCUCUGACCGCCCUGACAGCAUCCGUACACAACACUGUGCUGUCUCUGUUCCAGCGAGAAUAUCAGCUCCGCACAGGGAGGAGAGGAUUAGUGCAGCCACUCAGCUCAUCUGCAUACACGUUCCCAGAGAACCACAUGAGCAUCCAGGGCUGCACCUCUUUUGUAUAAAACCUGGCAGUCCUAUCACAGGGGCUGCACUUAAUCUACUGUCACUGCUGUGAGAGGAUUUAAUAAGGACCACUGUUUUUUUUUCUUGUGGACUCUUAAAUGAUUUCCAGACUCUUUUUUUCUAAUUUAAAUUUGUUGUCUCUGUUAAACUGGGACGAUGCAAGAAAUGUUGUUUGACACAGACCUGCUCUGAGCAUCAAGGAGUUUUUACUUCAUUCUUUUGUACUUUUCUACUGGGUUUUUCCUUCAUCUGGUCUGGGAAACAGCAGCACCAGAAUGCCAUCUAGAGAGUCCUACAAGGUUCACAAGGAUGACAAGUCCCUGGUGCAAAAGACCAAGCGAGAGGCCAAUCAGGAGGAUAUUCUGGCGGCUGCUCUGGGGAUGAGGAUGGGGCCACAGAAACCUCCAGCUACUUUCUGGCAGCCACUUAAACUAUUCGCCUAUUCACAGCUCACCUCACUGGUGCGCAGAGCCACACUGAAGGAGAGCGACCGGGCACCCAGAUCUGAGAAAGUCCACAACUUCAAGGUCCAUACCUUUCGAGGGCCUCACUGGUGUGAACACUGUGCCAGCUUCAUGUGGGGACUGAUGGCCCAGGGGGUCAAAUGUGCAGGUACAUCUUGUUCUCAGGCUACAUCUUGUUCUUAUAUAAGACACUUUAUACACAGCCUUAUAUAAACUGCUUGAUCACGUCACAGCACUCUCUUGCUACAUUCAUGGUGAACAAAGUGAGCAUUAUUGAAU